CUCCUCCUCUUCUCUGCUCUUCUCCGAGUCAUAGGAUAAGAAAAUCCAAAGGCAGAGAGAGAGAAAGAGAGAGCAAUCAACAAUCCCUGCUGAGCCAGCAGCGGGCUUGGCAUCUCCUCCAAAUUUAGGGGGUUCCUGCUGCUCCUUCCAUGUCCAUUCAUGCAAAUCCCAAUAGUAUGCAGAUGAGAAGAUAGACAGGAAGAGUCUCCCUCUUGCUCUCUUUGCCAUGGCGUCCUCCAUUAAUGGGCCUUCGGCGCCCCAGUAUUCUGUCACCCCAGCAAAGGCAUCCCAAGUCUACCAGAACCACCAUCUUCAAAACAACCACCACCACCAGAGCAAUUUUCACAACCAUCACCAGCACCAGCAGAGCCAACACCAAUGGAAGACCUCCUCACAGAAGCUCGCUCCGAGACCGCCGUCAGCCGCCGCCGCUGCCGCACCUUCCGCGCCCAUACCAGGUGCCCACUCCCUUUCCCCGCAAUUCCAGUCUCUCUCCUCCAGCACCCAUCUUGGUUCCGACUUCUGCGGCCGGAAAUCAACCCGAUUCGUCUCCAAAUUCCAUGCCAACCGCCCCAAGGCCGGCCCCGUCAGGCGGAGCUCCUUCGCCGAGCCGGUGUUGGAGCAGAUUUGCGGACAGGAGAGCGUUGAGGAGGUGUUGGGGCUCUGGGAUUUUAAGCUCGCGGUGCCAGAGGACUACACGUUCAUCAUCCGGGAACUCGGGAAUAGGGGGGAGUGCUCAAAGGCACUAUGUUGCUUCGCUUGGGCGGUCGCCCAUGAGCGCAGAGUGCACGAGCGGCAGAAAUUGGCGAGCGUUACUAUCAGCAGCCUUGGCCGGAUGCACAGAGUUGACUUGGCAAAGAAGGUAUUCGAUACAGCUCGAGCCGAGGGGUUUGGUAACUCGGUCUAUGUCUUCUCUGCCCUCAUCAGUGCCUAUGGGCGGAGCGGGUUAUCCGAACAGGCGAUUGGGGUGUUCGGAUUGAUGAAAUCGGAGGGAUUCCGGCCGAAUUUGGUAACAUAUAACGCCAUCAUAGAUGCAUGUGGGAAGGGGGGAGUGGAAUUCAAGAGGGCGGUAGCAAUUUUUGAUGAGAUGUUGGUUGAUGGCGUGCAGCCGGAUCGAAUUACGUUCAAUUCUCUGCUCGCAGUGUGCAGUAGAAAUGGUUCAUGGGAGCCAGCGAUGUCAAUGUUCAGGGAGAUGGGUUCUAGAGGGAUUGAGGGGGAUAUCUUUACAUAUAAUACCUUGUUAGAUGCAGUUUGUAAAGGCGGGCAGAUGGAUUUCGCGCACGGUAUAAUGGCGGAAAUGUCUAGGAAGAGGGUGUGGCCUAAUGUGGUGAGUUACAGUACCGUUAUUGAUGGGUAUGCGAAGGUGGGGAGGUUGGAGGAGGCGCUUAGCAUGUAUGACGAGAUGAAACUCGCUGGAAUUCAGUUAGAUAGGGUGUCGUAUAAUACACUGCUUUCUGUAUAUGCGAAGAUGGGAAGAUUCGACGAUGCUAUAAGAGUGUGCCGUGAGAUGGAGAGUUGCGGUAUCAAGAAGGAUGUGGUCACCUACAAUGCACUUUUGGCUGGGUGUGGGAAGCAAGGCAAGUAUGAUAUGGUUAAGCGUUUGUUUAAGGACAUGAAGACUGACUCAGUUAAGCCGAAUGUCUUGACUUACUCGACACUGAUGGACGUUUACUGCAAAGGAGGGCUACAUAAGGAGGCCAUGGAAAUCUUUAGAGAGUUCAAGCAGCUGGGCUUAAAGGCGGAUGUUGUUCUUUAUAGUGCAUUGAUCGACACUUUAUGCAAGAAUGGAUUGAUAGAGUUGGCUGUAAUAUUGCUUGAUGAGAUGACGAGGGAAGGGAUUCAGCCGAAUGUUGUCACCUACAAUUCUAUCAUCGAUGCAUUUGGCCGUUCAUCUGCAGCUCAAUCUUAUGAUGCGGUUGAAGAAGUGGGUGACCGACGCUUGAGAGAUGAUGCUGCUGAAUCCUCCUCGCAAGCUGUUACGCUGGAAGGCGGUGGUGGCCUUAGUCAUGUGAUUAACGUUCUCGAACACUUGGCAAUCGAGAAAGGAAGGAUGCUGCUUGAUGAUACAAAAAGAAAGUCGAGGGAGAUUAUGUGUAUAUUGGGAGUGUUUCACAAGAUGCAUGAGUUGGAAAUAAAGCCAAAUGUAGUAACGUUCUCUGCCAUUUUGAAUGCCUGCAGCCGUUGCAAUUCAUUUGAGGAUGCUUCAAUGUUACUGGAAGAACUCCGCUGGUUUGAUAAUCAUGUCUAUGGUGUAGCACAUGGGCUCUUGAUGGGCCUUAGGGAUGAAAUAUGGGUUCAAGCACAAUCUCUUUUUGAUGAAGUGAAGCGUAUGGACUCUUUGACUGCAUCAGCUUUUUAUAAUGCUUUGACAGAUAUGCUGUGGCAUUUUGGCCAGAGGAAGGGUGCACAGCUGGUUGUGCUGGAAGGGAAGCGUAGACAGGUUUGGGAGAACGCUUGGAGUGAUUCUUGCUUGGACUUGCAUCUGAUGUCCGCUGGAGCUGCUCAAGCUAUGGUUCACGCAUGGCUAUUGAACAUCCACACAAUUGUCUAUCAAGGGCACCAGCUACCAAACUUACUAAGCAUUUUGACUGGAUGGGGCAAGCACAGCAAAGUGACUGGUGAUGGCACCCUUCGACGUGCAAUUGAGACGCUUCUUGCGAAAAUAGGUGCACCAUUCCAUACAGCCAAGUUCAAUAUCGGGCGCUUUAUAUCAAGUGGCGCUGUUAUGGGAGCAUGGUUGAAAGAAAUCGGCACUUUGAAGCUCCUGAUUCUUCAUGAUGUAAGGGGAGCAACAGAAAACCUGAGAGACCAGCCAACUCGUUUAGAACUACUUCCGGCAUGAAUAUAACUAUUUUGGUGUGUCAUGUGCUUAGAUUAUCUGUGAAAACAGCAGCUAUAACUGCAUUUUUGUAGUGCUCUUAGGUGCAAGCUAUAAGAAACAUAAUUCAUUUUACUGUACUGGCACUGUGAUUAAUGUCCAACAAGAGUGCAAGUGUUUUUGCUUGCCAAAAUAAGGAUUUCAGUAA